AUUUGGAGAAUGUGAAAAAAUGGGUUUUCAUUAGAACCUUUUUGUUCUAGAAUGUUCCAAAAUAUUUUUAUUCUUUGUAUUUUUGUUCUUAGUGUUGUGGACUGUGUUUGUGGUCAUGUUGAUGGGGCUAAGUUGGAAGAAGAAUGCAAGAUAGCAGAUAUCUGCCGACACGAUCAGGUGCCGAUAUGUGGCAUCGACUCUUGCGGGGAGAUGAGAACGUUCAUCGAUACUUGUGAUAUGCAUGAGUUCAACUGUGAUAGCAGAAAAGAUUUCAUACAAAAACCAGCCCACGAAUGUUGGGUAACCUGCAAACGAGGACGAAGCUUCAAAAGACCAGAAUUCAACCCUGAUUGUGUGGGAAAUAAACCGAAUACUGUAUAA